AUGGAGCCACAGCUGCACGUCGCUGGAUCAGUGGCACAUGGGCCAACUUGCGCUGUUUUCCGGGGCUGGAGCGUGAACAGCAAGCCGCACUUCGCUGGAGACAGUGGGCUGGAACAAACCCCUAUUGGAAGAUCCAACACUCUGGCGGUGAGUGACCUCAAGAAUUCGCCGGGUCAAAAGCCCAGACUCUUCGAUGCGACUUCGAGGGUCUGCAAGUGCAGCGUCAUUGGCCUAUCUAGGAGGUGGGACCCGCAGAUCGUGAUGGAUGCCCGUGGGGCCAAAGCUGCUUGCUGGGUCCUGCUCGAGUCUCUGCUGCUACAUCACGAAUCGACCCUUACUGUCGAAUGCCGGACUGUAUGA